AUGGGCGCGACAGGAAAGUCCACAAUAUCUCGGACGGUGGCAAGGUCGCUCCAAGAUACCAACGAUCUGGGUGCCAGCUUCUUUUUUAAUGCUGGCAACGGAGAUUGUUGCAACGCAAAGAAGUUUUUCCCGACACUGGCAAGGCAACUAAUUCUCAAAAUCCCCGAGCUGGGCUUUGGCGUGCAGAAGGCGCUCAAGGACGACCCGGGCAUUGCUUCAAAAUCGCUUGAAGAACAGUUUAACAAACUACUACUUCAACCGCUUCUCGAUCUUGACAAAUCCGGCCAGCAGACACGAUCUGCUGUGAUUGUGGUUGACGCUUUAGAUGAGUGCAAGCCCGACGACGAUGUUCGAAAUGUAGUCCGACUGUUACGUCUUCUACGAAAAGCAAAAACUGUUCGCGUGCGGGUGUUUAUAACUAGCAGACCGGAGGUUCCAAUUCAACUUGGCUUCGGAGGGGUUGAGGGUACUGGCGAUUACCAGGACAUAGAGCUUCAUGAUAUGUCCACAACCCCCGAAACGAUGCAGCGCGACAUAUCUUUAUUCAUGCAGGACCAAUUUGCCAAGAUCAGACAUAGAGAGAAUCUCUCUUGGGACUGGCCUGGAGAUGAUAUUAUUCAGACUCUUUCAGAACUCUCGUUCCCGUCUUUUCGUCACGCCAUACGUGUGUGUCAUACCUUGGGGGAUUCUCCAGAUCCGGUGGACACUCUCGCCAAGAUUCUUCAACAGCAAAGCGGGGAUGGUGAAACACAGGAAAGUGAACACACUGAGGCUGAAGAUGAUAAAGGGAGCUCAAAGUGGGAUGCAAGUGACAUUGAAAGCAUUUUCUCCACAAAUUCAAUGUCUUCCCAAUCGUCCCACCCUGACCACCCUGAGAUCACCGCGAUUGCUAUAAUUGAACUAACCAAUAUGCUUUUGGAUGACCAAGAUUUGAAGCUUCUAUAUCCAUUGGCAAUCUCGAAGGUUGGCCCCGAUAGGUUUCAGAGGAACUUUGCCCGCAUACUCAAACAUUAUGGGAGAAGCUUGCAUGGUGAAGCUUCAAAUGAAGUUCAGCGUCAAGCGGCACAAUUCGUCCGGCUGUCUGCACGGAGGACAGCAGCCAAAAUCCGCAUAGCCUGCUUGCAGGAUAGCCCCGAGCUUCCCUUAGGAACAAAAGUGGAAUCAGAAGAAUCGAACUUGGUCCUCAACGCGUGGCUAGUGGCGCAAAUGGAAAAUCAUGCAUACUCUGGUGCAGACGUGAAUGAAAUAUCUGAGGACAGCGAUUCAAGCAGUUCCGAAAGCGGCCCUCAAAGCUCACUCAGCACUCUGAAAGAGGUAAAAGAGUUUAUGGUAUCAACAAAAGCAUUUCGUGGCCUACGUCAAGAAUUUCGAGAAUGGUUGGAAGUCAAAAGCAAAGGUAGCCGCGAAGGUCCAAUCGAGGAAAUAAAGGAGUCUCCCGCAGUCCACGGAAGCGACAGCACCUUGAACCCAAAUAUCACGCCAGAUUUUGGACUUGACGAAGAUCCUAUCAGUUCUACUCAACCCCUAAAAGAUCAUGGUAGCCCCAUCGACGAGGUUACGGCCGAGCCUCCAAAGACAGGGGAAUUAACCAGACUGUCAACCUGGUGGAUUCGGUUAAUGAAUAUGAUUGUUCCACCCGCAGCUGGUUAUCAGCGGAUUUCCGUCGCUGCUGUUAGCAGUAUGCCACACCAUGAUGCGUCGCCUGGUUCGAGUCGUCUAGAGCCUCCCCCUCGAGUGCAUUUAAAUGACCAAUUUAUCUCGAACCCCGCCAGAGGAAGCACUGGAAACCCAUUGGUCCCAUACCAUUUCCCAUCCCAGUCGAUUCCAGCCGAGAAUAUCCAAGCAUAUAGCACAACACCCCAGAUUCAGGAUGCUCAAUUCGUUCUCUUAUGCAUGAGCGCAAGAAGCUCAACCGUUCUGGUCCAUAUCGAAGUGAGCACCCUCACCAAUGACCAUUACUUUUUCCAGCAAGUACGUCAAGAAUAUCAGAAACUUUGUCAUGAGCAAGGAUUCAGACUUUCAAGGAUCGUUCCCUUGUGGGCUUGUAAUUUCGGCCGCGCAAUUGCAAUGCGGCUGCCACGGCUCCCAUCAGUAUGGCCGCUCUUUCGGUUCCGUUGGAUACAUUUCUCUGCUAUGCCUGAAAUACAUCUCCACAAGAUUGUAUCUGGAGAUUUUGUCCGAUUCUCACCAAUUCCUAUUGGAAUCACUUGUUGUCCCUCGUGGUUCAAGACGAGAGAAUUUCCUCCAGAAGUCGAGGUUACGACAAGAAGAUACCUCUACGAGCCAGUACCAAUGGAAGACGUUGAAUUGUCUCAUAUCCCGUUGCAACACCUGUUAAAACCGGGACCCCACACUGACACGUUCUGGAUGACCAUGAUUCCCAAGAAACUCCGAGAUCCUUUAGUCCGAAGCCCUGGAACUAACCGCCAUGUUAGAGGAUGGGGUGUCCGUAUUAACGAGGGUCUGAAUUGGGUCUUUGUCUUACCAUUUAUGCUCGUCAUGCUCUUAGCAGUUGGCGUCAGCGUAAUCAUUUACGCAGCACUCACGUCGGAUAACUCGUCGGCUUUUAGCCUGGGAGCGUUCUUGGUGUCGCUACUUACCGUCUAUCUUACGUAUCAAUAUCUUGCAUGGAAAGAUGAUACUUAA